CGGAUCGUGGCUUUGACCAGUUGAACUUCCAUUUCCAUGGAUAUCAAAAGGAACUCGCCGAAGUGGCGCCGGACCACGAUGGCAUUUCUGGUCGUGGUGGUGGUGGUGUUGCUGCUGCCUGCAUCCAGCGAAGCCGCUGAAAUACUGGGCCUGUUUGCACAUCCCGGCAAGAGUCACUUUGAGUUCUUUCGACCCAUAUUCAGGGAGCUAGCUGGGCGCGGCCAUAACAUCAGCAUGUACAGCUACUUUCCGCUGGAACAGCCGCUGGCCAACUACACGGAUUAUGUGUUCAAAGGAUCGCCCUUGCUGACGGACGUCAUUGAUCUAAUGAAAUUUAAAACAACCGAAAGGACGCUGUUGGGUUUGCCCUACAAAAUUCCCACCUACUUUAUGCUGCACAGCUGGGGCAUGCGCUUCUGCCAGUCGGCCCUGAACUCGCCCCUGAUUGCCGAUUUGCUCAGUUCUCCACUGCGCUACGAUCUGAUCAUCCUGGAGCACUUCGCGAAUGACUGCAUGACGGCAGUGGCGCAUCUGCUGAACGCCCCAGUGGUGGCUCUCAGCACCUGUGCCAUCAUGCCGUGGCACUACCAGCGCAUGGGUACGCCCCACAUCAACGCGAUUAUGCCCAUGAACUUUCUGACCUACUCGGACGAGAUGGGGCUGAUCGAUCGCCUCAAUAACUUCAUCCAUUUCCACACAGUCAACACGUUGUACGAAUGGAUUACCCAACCGGCGACCGAUGCAUUGAUAAGCCAGAGAUUCGGCUUCGGUCUGCCGUCCGUCAAUGAGAUUGUGAAGAACACCAGCCUGAUGCUGAUUAACCAGCACUACGCCCUGACUGGCAUCAGUCCCUAUGCUCCGAAUGUUGUGGAAGUUGGCGGACUGCAAAUUGGUCCACAGAAACCACUGCCAGAGCACCUAGAAAAGUUAAUGGAGGAUUCCCUGAGUGGUGUCAUUUACAUCAGUUGGGGCUCCAUGGUCGAUCCCACCACGCUGCCGAUUGAGAAGCGUCGAGCGCUGUUCAAGAGCAUUGCCCACAUGAAGGACUACACAUUUCUGAUACGCUGGAAGAGUGACAAACCGCUGGCACAGGACAAGCCCAGCAAUCUGUUCACCUUCGAUUGGCUGCCGCAACGGGAUCUGCUGUGCCAUCCCCGGGUCAAGGCAUUCAUCUCGCACGCCGGUCUCCUGGGCACCACGGAGGCGGUGCACUGCGGCGUUCCCAUGCUGGUGACGCCCUUCUUUGGGGAUCAGUUCCUCAAUGCCGGCGCACUGGCACAGCGUGGCUUCGGUGUCAUUGUUCACUUUGGCGACUUCGAUGAGCAACACAUAACCAGCGGACUUCAAAAGAUACUCGAGAAAGAAUUCGCCGACAAGGUUCGACGCUCGGCAAAGGCCUUCCGGGAACGUCCGCAGUCCCCGCUGGAGCUGGCCACUUGGUGGAUCGAACAUGUCAUCGAUACACGCGGUGCCCCAAUGCUUGAAAACAGAGCCCGGCAUAUCAAUUGGUUCGUCUACAACUCCAUUGAUGUUUAUCUGUGCUGUUUGGCAAUUAUUGGAUUACCUUUGUUCGCCAUCUGGCAGUUGGUGCGACUUUUGCGGCUAACUUUGGGCUUGAUGAAUGCUACGAAAAACCAGAAAACAAAGGUGCAAUAAAGUACUUGAAGAAAAAUAUUUAUGUCUACAUGUA